AACACCACACUGUAAGCAUCAUAGGAAAGGUAGAAAACCCGCUGGAAACAGCAGAAAUCUGGUUUUUAUUUAUUUAUUAGAGAAUUCCAUUUUCGAGAAGAAACCAACUUGAAGAGUUUUUACGUUAUUGGCAAACGAAGAAACGAAUUGGAACCUUUGAAAAGGGGAAGCGAAGAAACAGCAAGAAACGGGCUUUAUUUGUGAGAAUAUUGGGUUAACGAAUUUUGUUAAAUAUUAAUAAUUUCUCUAUUUAUGUUUCAAAGAAAUCCUAAUGAAAAUUGACUCAAACAACUUUAUCCCUUCCAGAGCCAUACCGACAGAAGCAGUUUCUACCCAUGACGAAAAAAAAGUGACGCCAAUUGAUAGAGAAAAAAAUCUAUCCUCAAACAUACCUGAGUCUCAAAUUGGUCCUGAAGCACAAGGAAGGAUCCUUUCGCGUUCGAGCUUGGAUUGUCCACCUAAAAACAGUGGUAUGCAUCCGCUGGAAAUUUUUACAGAAACUCAGGUAUUCGAUGAUUCUACAGACCCUUUUGCGCCCCAAACUUCGACAACAACUAGCUCUUAUUCGUUCCAUAGUCCAUCCUCUGAUGCAGAAUUCUUAGGAAAACACGCCCCAUCAUCGGCUGGUGCCAUUUCACCCACAAGUCCUGCCCCGUUAAACACAGAACACAAGUCCACCCUCCCGAAUCGACGUUUACAGCCCGAAAAUCAAUCCUCCAAAAAUGAUUUACAUGGCAAACGCAGUGAUGAUCGCAAGGCCAGUUUAUCAAAUUCAGCUCUAGACGAAAUCCCUCCUGAUAUUGGUUCUGCCAACUGGGCAGAAGCUGUGAAACAGAAGCGAUUGAAUAUGAGACGUCGGCAUGAGGAAUUAGACGAUGAUUGCGUUUUAGUAGGAACGCGAGUUUCUGAAGGUCAUGAGAAUUAUGUUACUGCCUAUAAUAUGCUCACGGGUAUCCGUGUUGGCGUUUCCCGGUGUCAGGCAAAAAUGGACCGAGCUUUGACUCCAACUGAUUUUGGGUCUAGACACAAGUAUACCUUCGACAUAACUGGCAAUGAACUCACGCCUUCCGCUAGAUACGAUUUUAAAUUCAAAGACUAUGCUCCUUGGGUAUUUCGACAUUUACGACAGCUCUUCCAUCUGGAUGCCGCGGAUUAUCUCGUUUCACUCACUAGUAAAUACAUCCUUUCUGAACUGGACUCUCCUGGAAAGAGUGGCUCUUUCUUUUACUUUUCACGAGAUUAUCGCUUCAUUAUAAAGACUAUCCACCGUUCCGAACAUAAAUUUUUACGAGAAAUUCUUUAUGAUUAUUAUGAACAUGUCAAAAAUAAUCCAAACACAUUGAUUUCACAAUUUUAUGGUUUACAUAGAGUAAAGCUUCCUUUUGGGCGCAAAAUCCAUUUUGUGGUUAUGAACAAUCUUUUUCCUCCCCAUCGUGACAUACAUCAAACAUUUGAUUUGAAAGGUUCAACACUUGGGCGUGAGUUAAAUGAAAAAGUACCUUCGCAGAAUCCGAUGUGUACGAUGAAGGAUACGAAUUGGUUACGCAGAGAUAUGCAUCUUCAGUUUGGACCUUUAAAACGUCAAAUAUUUUUAACUCAGGUCAAAGCCGAUAUUGAUUUGCUUUCUUCUUUAGGUAUUAUGGAUUACAGCCUUUUAGUGGGUAUUCAUGAUCUUAGUCGUGGCAAUCGAGAUAAAAUUCGAAAUAGCUUAUUAUCAGUUUAUGAUCCCAAUGUUUCACAACAUCAAGUUCCGGCCACGGGCGCUGGAGAAUCCAAUGCACAUCUCCUACGACAAGUUGUGAAUAGCACUGGACCGGUUUCGUUGGAUAGAUCGUGUAACCGUCUUCCAAGCAACCAAUUUAUGGAAAGAAGUAAUUUUAUGUUCUAUAGUGACGAUGGUGGUUUUCAGGCUACAGAUGAAAUGAACCAACCCGCAAAUCAUAUAUUUUACAUCGGUAUUAUCGAUUUACUUACGAAGUAUUCCUAUGUAAAAAAAGCAGAGCACUUGUGGAAAGGCAUUAAUCAUUCCGAGUCAGCAAUUUCUGCUGUUCCACCUCUCGAAUAUGCCAACCGGUUUUUUAAGUUCAUCGAAAAUAGCAUAAAGCCGGAUCAUCUAACUUUGAAACCUGUUCCGAUGUUCAAACAACAAAACGAUAAAGUUGUCCUUGUAAGCAACCAUCAAAAUGGAAGCACCAAGGAAACCGAGGAGUCUCCUGGCAGACCAAAAACUAAACCAAGUGAAAAUAAAUCAAAUCCCCAACAAAGUCCUUCACGGAAAAAAAGCUCAUCCCCAAUCGAGAAGGCAUCGGUUUCUCCUAAACGGUUUCCUUUUAUACGACCUAACGUAACUGGUAACAAUAUAUCGCCGGCUAAAUAAUAGUAAUUUUGAAGUGCCACCAACUAUUCUAAUGCAUUGAGAUGUUUAUGCUUUGUUCUUGUAUAUAAUCACUAAUCUAUCAUUUCGUUAUUUCUAGGAUAAAAGAGCAAGUUGUUUAAUAA